AUUUACAGUGAUAGAUGUAUUUAGGUAAACAAACAAAGAAAAAAUCUCUCUCCACUACACUCCCUCUUCUCCUCUUCUUCCUCUCCCUACAACUGCUGCUGCUGCUGCUGCUGCUGCUUCAUUUGCUCCUCCUUUAGCUCUCUUUGGGCCUCAAAUGCAAAGGAAUGGGGCAUCGGAAUCUGCUGAAUAAGAUGGUUGUAUCCUCAUCCAUGUUUUUAUGAUAGCUUGAAUUAUUUCCAUUGUUGAUUUGGAGUUAAUGGGUAGAGGCAGAGGAAAGGGAAAGAAAUUAACCCCCGUCACAAGUCAUGAGGAUAGUGUCGAAGAAGUAAUUCCUUCCUAUAAAAGAAGGGGAAGGCCACAAAAGCCUUUGAAGGAUGAUGUUGACGAAGAAGACGCCGAAAAAAUCGAAGAGGAAGAAGAAGAAGCAAAAAAGGAGGAAGGGAAUGAUGUUGUGGUUUCUAACAAAGAGAUCAAAGGCUCAGCUGAAAAUGCUAAUAAGACGAAGAAGAGGGAUUUGCAAGUAAAAGAAGAUUCUGAUCCAGUCCUAGAGGAAAAUGAGUCAACUAAGCCUAAUGGCUUUCGGCAAAAUGGAAGCCGGCGAAAAAGCAAGCCUCGGCGAGCAGCUGAGGCUGGACUUGAGUUCAAGUGAGUGUUUCGGCAAAUUUCCAAAACAGCUAGGAAAAGAAAAGAUUUUAUAUAGUAUUGACAUUCGCUUGCUAUUUCUUUUCUUCCCUUUGUUUUUUUUUUCCCCCUUCUAUUUCAAUUUGUGUAGCAAACUUUAUCAUGUUCAUGAAUGGACUCUAUUAGGAGGUUAUUGAUAAACUGUACUGUGACGUGAUCAUAUUCAAUAGCAGGGCCAGUAUAGAUCAUUUUCAUUAUAAUUUGAUUCGUGUUUCCCAACACAGUGUCCUGAUAUUGAUAAAAUUGAUCUUUUAGCGCCCUAUAAUAAAAACUGUAAAGAUUGCGUGUCAA